AUGCCACCGCAGCUCCAACCGAAGCCGCCUGGCAAAAAGAAGGCAUUGGUGCUUAGCAGGUCGCCGGUGCCCCCUGUGUUUGGCGGAAAUGCGGAGAUUGAGGUUGUGGGUUCCCGCGUUGUUCGUCUCCUCCGUGACGCUCGAGCAUCGGUACGGGCGCAUCAGCGACCGGACACCCCGUUGACUAACCCGCCGCUACCGCCGCUGAAACGUGGCAGUCGCCUUACCACUAUGGUGUUCUCCGCUUCCGAAGCCCCAUCACAGUUGAUGACGAGUUGCCAACAAUUUAAUCAUGUGAAGUUUGAGUCAUCCUUGGACGCGGCAAGGGGUAACCCACAGCUGCAGUUAGAAAGAUUGGCUGAGCUAAAACUCUGGCUGGCGAACCCACAUCAUCAUCUGUGGGAUACAACGGUGGCGCGAUUGCAGGAUCUAGUGACGUCACCCAAAACGGAGGCACAAGUUGUGGUGAGUGCGGCGUCCGUGCUGCUACGACAGAGCGAGCUGCGUAACUUGUCGUGUCUCCCUCUCGUUGUUCGACGUCUACAUGAAUUAUGUGAAGGUGGUAAAGAGAGACAGCUGUUAGAGGAGGUGCUGAUACGUGAGUCUCUCCUACAACCACUACUUCAUUUAGCGAAGUCUGAGGAAUUAUUGAUCACCCAUACAAGUGUAUUGUGGGAUGUUCUAGAAAUUUUUCGAAGCUGCAGCGCCAAAAGUAACGUGAUUUUGACCCAGCUAGUUUCGCUAGGCAUGAUUCCUGUGGCAAAUGCGGUAGUGAAGCGCAUCCUAUCCUCUGUGCCUGAUUCACCUUCCAAGGCUCUUUCUCCUUCUAGCAACUUACUCUACGUUCUUCUUCCUCCGCUAUGUUUGCUGUAUCGCAAUUUCAGUACACAGCACUCCAAACUUUUGCGCAAGUUGGGAUCCCUCGAUCUUCUUGUAGAUAUCUUGGAUCGCUUUCGUGAGGAUGGAGACGUGGUGCAGGCGGCGGCUCGAGCAAUGGCAAAAACGGUAUUUGAUGAUUGCUCACUGGAGCACUACCAAAAAGGGAAUCGGGCUUGCCGUGUUGUGGUUGCCGCGCUUGAAGCAAACUUAGACGUGGGUGGAUUGGCGGUCAGUCGACUCUGCGGCACGUUGGCACGGCUGGUCGAAGGGAGUCGGGAGCUACGGGAUUGGCUCAUGAAUCAUCAUCAACCGAUGCUUGUGCGCUUGGUGCAGACGCACGUCACUCCACAGCGGGCUGCAGCCACGGCAAAUGCGGAACCCCCAUACGAUGCAGAAGAGGCUCAACAGGAGGAUUUGUUGCAAAACAUCACGUGGCUUGUGGGGGUGGCUGCCAUCAGCGCGGAGUGUUCAACAUCCUUUGUGCUUGAGAUCACCCCACUCCUUGUGGAGUUUGUAAAGGACCUUGAUGCGAAAAAGUGGCAUUUGGCCUUUAUUUAUACUCUUAUGUGUCUGAGCAACUUGUCCUUUUUUUUUGACGCGCUGGAGAGGAUGGAAAGCAGUAAAGAGGCGCUUGUGGAAAUCUACGCGACUGUAGGCCUCAUCCUUGCCGGGGUCCUUUUUGAUGGUGACACGGAGGCAGCGGUCGAGGCAACGCGAAUACUUGGGAACAUGAGCCUUACCAAUGUGGGACGGGAUUGGAUGGAGUCAAAUCGUUGCGAUGAGGUGUGCAUCGUGUUUCUCGGGCACGAGGAUCCCCGCAUUGUGUACAACUGCUUUGGCGUUUUGCUCAACUUGACGGCAGCUGAUGCCUGCCGUGUGGCCUCUGACCCUCAGCUCAUGCAGAUGCUGUUGCAGCACACGGGAAGAUACACCCGCGAGGAGUGUAUCGCGGCGGAAAAGAUAAAGGAGAGUAGCCGUUGCAUGACUGUAUCCAGCACUGACGAGGAUGGUGGGCUCAGCUACACCGAUCAGAUUGCUGAUAUUGUAGAGAAGCUUCUCCACAACCUUAGCGGCCUUUUCUAG